CCUGGUCUUCACGAGCUGUCUUCACCCACCCCACACAUAUGCCAGUGUGACGGGCUCGCCCGUGUCACCGUCCACCUGGCAGAGGAUCUCGCAGCCAUCUUCAGGGGCGGGCAGUGUGCUUGACGAAGAUGCUGCGGUGGAUGCAGUCUGCACGAACAGACAGGAGAGAAUCAUGUGUGUGUGUUCUUCCUUCCUCAUGAUUUGUACAGGUGAGCUUGCCGAAUGUGUGGAUGUCGACAUGGCCUUGUCGUCCGGGUCCUCAUCGGCUAAGAACCCGGGCCAGGUGUAGUCCAGAGGGACGUCUUGGCCCUCCUCUCCAUCCACUUGGGUCAUGAGCUGGGGCUCCCCACCGUCUCUCGCGUCCACCAGCAGAUCGGCCACCUCCUGUGCACACACACAUGAGUGUGGUGUCUGCGUGAAGGCCUCCGAGCUCAAGAGGCACCCACCCCACCUGCACGACUCGUUUGAGCUUCUCGUGCAAGGCCCGCUCCUCCUGGUCGCAGAACUGAACAGACAGACACAAGACACACGCACCAAUGUGAUGCAGGUGGGUGCGGAGAUCGCCGGGUUGUGUGUGCUUUGCAGCCUCACGAAGCCGAGGGCUUCGAUCUGUUUCUGAGCGCACACAGACACACGGACGCAGAGCAGAGAGCAGGGACAGAGAGAGAGAGAUGAUUGACCCGUGUGUGAAUGGUGUGAACCAUCCACCAACCGUCAGUUGGAUGGCUUGGUCGGUCAGCACGCGGCAACGGGGGAGGUCGGUCACGGUCUCGGUGCCAGACAGCCGCAUCUGCAUCACACGCAAGCCCCAGACUUCUCACACCCCAGCAGUCACCCCCACUCACCAUCAUGAAGCCCUUGUUGACGACCUUGUCCAGGAGCUGUAGGCGCCGCUCCAGAGCUCUGCGGGCCUUCUCCCGUCGCCAGAUGAAGGCCCCACAGAACGAGGCGGCGCAGAAGAUGGCGCUCAGCUCGAGGACCACCAUGAUGGUUGAUUGGGAGGAGAAGGGGGAUGGACGGGUAGGGCUGUCGAGGGACCUUGGGGGGAGACGGGGCGACAAAGAUGCACGGAGCGAUAGAUGGCGAGAGGGGACCGAAGAGAAGAUCUGCG